UAAAGACGGUUUAUUUAUAUAAAUAACGUUUUAUAUAUCGAACUAUCCUUAAACGGUUACCUUACGUGGUAAGGUUUGUUCCAAGGACGGAAAGCUUUCUAACUUAACAGAACUGAAGAGGUACGAUUAAAUAACUUUUUAGUUGGAUCCAAACAACGUGUAAUCGCUUUUAUUUGCUAUAUUAUUUAUAUCAUUUUAUAUACGCCACUUGCCACGUUUUAAGAUUUCCACUAGAUGGCGUAGUUGCAACAAGAACACCAAAUCAUUACCUUCAGAAAACCCUCCAGACGUGUGCGGCUCCUUUCAUUUCGCAAGGAACACCCUUUAAACCACGCUUUUGUUGGAAAGCGCGUUAAACUGUAGCCUCACAGCUUUAACAGUAUUGCAUGUGUUGUAUCUUUGUGAUUAGUUACUAUUUUGAUGAGAAGUGUCCCAGAGAGAGAAUGGAAAAUCAUUUCAGUGAGAGACUCGCUGCAGGUUGUCGGCCUGUACCAUUGUUUAAUCAAAAGAAAAGAAAUAGAUUACCUCUGACAUCAAACCCUGCCAAAAAUGAAUUUGUUUUUGGUACUGAAUUUCCAUAUAGGCAGAGCCAUGCUUUACCAUCUUUGUCAUCAGAUUUAGGAAAUACUGGAUAUUCAGGAGUUCACAGACCAGGCUCAACCAUACCCGCUGUACAGAAGAGUCAAUGGAUCAUGCAAGAAUUUCCAAAGAAGAGACCCCCUGAGAUCCCUCCAGUAAGAUGUCUGGCACCAAUUCCACAUCCAGGUUGGCCUGUAGGUAUGGGGUCACAAGCCGGAAAACAGAUCUUGGCUUCAUGGCAGGACUGCAGUGGACCAUCAAGCACUAAACUUACUAGUUUUCCCAGCAGUAGAUCAGUUGAAAGCAGAUGGAAUUUUUCAAACUCGCGUCUGCAGACAGAUCAGCAGUCGAACAAACUCUUAAAUCUUCCAGUGAGCAUUUGUUCACAAAUCCCAGGAACACACACAGCUACACUUAGCAGUCAGCAACAGAACUCGGAAUGGAGGCCGACGUCCACCCUUCACUCAAGCCAAAUUAAAGGGGAACACACAAAUAUACUCCCCAAUAAGAUCACUCCCCAGCCUCAGAAACUAGCACAGUCUCAGAUGAAACCAGCGAUGGACAAUUCCCUACGGAUUCUGACAGCGGUCAUUGAGGGAAUGAAACACUGGAGCCAAUUCAGUGACAGAGCACCCUUCUUAUUCGAGAUCUUUAGCACACUCGACUCUGCUGUCACAAUUGGUAAUCAUGGUGCAAAAACCUUCCUCCUGAGAGAUGGACAGCAUGCCGUGCAGUGUGUUUUUUAUGAAACCGACCAGGAUCUUCCACGACUCAUCAGAGGCCAGGUCCAUCGCUGUGUGGGGAAUUAUGAUACAGGGAGGGAGCUACUCACAUGCAUGUGCAUCAGGCAUGCCUCAUCCUCGGAGCAGAGGAACGCCCUGGAAGCCGUGAAGGCGUCAGACGCAGAGAUGAGGAGGCUGGUGAGAUCGUUCAGUGAAGUCUGACCGAAGGGACAAAAGGUGGCCUUGCUGGCAGUGAAAGAGUUCAUGUGAUUCAGGUUUGAUUUCACUAACCACUGUGAACCUACUGGUGGUUCAUCACAAAGGCCUGAAUGUACUGUAUCGUUAAAAAUAUUUAUUGUACUCAGUUUAUCUCUGGUGUUUUAUUCAAAUUUUUUCCUUCAUUGGUUUGUGGAAAGAAAUGAUUUAAGGUUAUUUGUGGGCUGUUUUUUGUAGGGUAGCUGUACCUUAAAAUUUUAAACCAAAUUAGCAAAUGAUUAAAGUCAGUUUGUGUUUCUUGUAAGACUAUUUCAUGAAUAAUAUAAUACGACUGAAAAUGU